GCUUACAGCCCAUGGGAACAGAGCGGAUGGAGAUGCGCAAGCGGCAGAUGUCGGUGCACCAAGAGACUGUGAGCUCCUCUCAGGCACAGCAAGGAGUUGGGAAUAGGGGAUCUAAUGCUUGCUGCUUCUGUUGGUGCUGUUGCUGCAGCUGCUCAUGCCUCACAGUUAGAAAUCAGGAAGAUGAGAGGACGAGAAGGUCAUCCAAUGAAAUCAGAGGAGACGGCAUCCCAAACUGUGAAGAAAGCCCAACUCCUACCCUUGAAGACGUUUACUCCUGGGGCCAAUCAUUUGACAAGCUUAUGAACACUCCAGCAGGAAGAAAUGCUUUCCGGGAGUUCCUCAGGACGGAAUUCAGUGAGGAGAACAUGCUCUUCUGGAUGGCCUGUGAGGACCUCAAGAAGGAAUCUAACAAAAAUGUCAUAGAAGAGAAAGCUAGAUUAAUAUAUGAAGACUACAUAUCCAUUCUGUCUCCGAAAGAGGUGAGCUUGGAUUCCCGAGUGCGGGAAGUCAUCAACCGAAACAUGUUGGAACCCACACAACACACUUUUGAUGAUGCCCAGCUCCAGAUCUAUACCUUAAUGCACAGAGACUCCUACCCACGUUUUAUGAACUCUGUAAUAUACAAGAAUCUUCUUCAAACCUUAUCGGAGAACACUGCCGAAUCUUAG